GUGAAGUUUUAGGUGGAAUCUGCAGUCUAACUGGAUUCUGAAAUGGCACACAGAGGUACAUGUGGAAUGUCCCCAGACAUAUGUGCAGAGGGUUUUGAUGCACCAAGAGACUACUGUUGAAUGUUGUAAUGCCUCUGGCAUCCACCUUAUCCGCUUCAGUUCAAUCAGCCCCCCAAUAAUUUUGAGGCUUCCCAAGUCCAACAAAUGCAUGGAUUCUAUAGCACACGACCAUGGACCUUUGUUGAAAUGGCUUUGGUUGGCUUGCUGUGAGGAAAUUUGAGCUCUGCUGAGAAAGCAACAUAAAGAAAGUAUUAGAAAAUACCCACAACAGACAACAGGAACUUUUAAAUUAUGGGUGACAUAUCCGUAUGUGCAUCAGGAGAAUUCUGACCAUUUGUGAAAAGCCAGCUGCUCUUGUGUGAUCCUCUUUUCAAUAGGCAUCUCAAGGAAUUGGUGGUGAGGGGGGGGGGGAGGACAGGACCAUAAUGGAUCUUAAGGGAAUUCUCAAGCCAUCCAUCUCCUGUCAUAUUUUGUACUAAAAAUGUGAAGGGAGGUCGUGAAAUCAAUUUACUGUUUUGUUUGUUUGUUCAGAUUAACCCAAUGUCCCAAAUAGGUGGUGUCUUCUGGCGAGGUACAGCCAGUUCACCUCAGGUUGUGGUUGAAUGUGUUUGUUUGUACUUAGAGAGGGAGAACCUCCGCAAACGAAUGGAUAAAUAAAUAAAUAAAUAAAUAAAUGUACCAAGUGUCACAACUCACGAUAUUUGUGAUUCAGCAGAUGGCACCCAGCCUAAGACUCUGCAAGAUGCUGCUCGGACGUGCUACUCUUCAGGUUCCUUUGCUGAGGAAGGCCUUAACAGAGGGCAGAGCAUCAAAAUGGCAUGUACAUUUUUAAAAACCAUGUUUUCUUUGGUCUGUUAUGUGGAGUUCAAAAUAUAGGUGUGUUUACUGUGGGUUAGAUUGCUCCGAAGUAGGAGAUAGUAGUCAUAGUUAAAUUAGGUAUGAGUCAAAAUUGCACCCACAACUUCAGCAUCCUCACAAAUGUUGUGAGGGGAUAGGCGUGAAUAAGAGUGCAAGAACUGCACUUCUCACUGUGGUCAGAAAUCUUUUUUUAAAAAAAAUAAACCCAAAAACUAUGGCUUCAGAGUGAGGACAGGAAGCAUUGUCCGCAUUGCCAGUCCUUCAUGAUGAUGUUGUGGGAUUCUGUGGUACAAGAAAGUGGCAGACACCACUGACAUUGCUGACUGGAUCGCAAAACAGGCAGUGAAAAGGGGGAGUAAAAGGGCAUUUUUUAGAAACAGCUCCCACUUGCAAGCCAAAAUAACUCUUUUCAGCUCGUCUUUAAUUCAGAGGUAAACCACAGUUUGGGAUGUAAGAAAGCAUUGAUGUCCGCUCUGCCCUAUAUUGGUUGCUUGCAGUGCUGUUUCCAUUCUGCCGCAUUUCAGCUGUCAACAAAAACUAUGUGAUUCAUCUCACUGUCCACUAUGACGAAAUGUUAUGUAAUCAAUUCUGUGAUUAAUUCUGUAAUUAAUUAUGUCAUCGUUGCUGUAUUCCGCAACAUUCAUUUCAGUGCAAAGCAAGAAAAAGUGCAAAUUGGGAGGGAGGGGGAAGAAUGUCAUCAAUUAGGUGUCAUUUGCAGACUGAAAACAACAAUGGCAGCAAAUAUUAAUCAUGUGCAUUGUGAACAUGCUGUGAAUAAAUGAGCACUGGCAAAUUCCCAAUCCCAUUUCUGUUUUUCUUGAAAUUCUCCAACAUCCGUAAACACAAGGAAUGCAAUGACAUGGGACAGUCACAUACAGUGGGCACUAAUAUAUCACUGAAAAAGGAGAAAGUGCAUCACUCAAAAGCAGGCACGUUUGUCUAAAUUUUGUGUAUGCUCAUUCAUAUGUAUAGAUUUUUCAAAUAAUUUUGCAAUAUAAUUUAAAUAUAAAUACAAUAAAUCGCACCAUAAUGAGAAGUGUGUGAGCAGUUGUUGACAGUACUAACUUCAAGGCCACUACUCUCUCUUCUUGAUCAUUACACUAAGUUUGGACGAGAUAGCCAUUCAAAUAGAGAAUUUCUUCAAAUGGAAGACUGUCCUCUCUAAAGUUGGGCACAUGGCCGUCCUAUGGCAAGAUUCUUCCUUCCUUCCUUCCUUCCUUCCUUCCUUCCUUCCUUCCUUCCUUCCAUCUCUCCCCCCCUCCUGUCCAAAAUCACACAUUAUGUACAUAUUUAAAUGUAUUUAAACAUUCACUGGGUUUUCUUAACACAUUUCCACCAGAUACACAUUGUGGAAUGCAUUGUCUCUCCAAAUAUAAAUUUUUCAAAUACAUUUAACUAUUUUCCUUUGAGGCAAUAGGUGUGAAAGAUAACUAAGCUCCAAUCUCAACAUUAAUCUGAGAGGUGCAAAUCGGUUCUGUUUGCACUGAAGUUCACAAAGAUCCAAUUAUUUAAGCAUCUCUAAUCAUGACAUAAUUUCCAAGCCUUGGUCUUGGGUGAAGGUCUUUAUCGGUGCCUCCACUACUUAAAUCUGUGCACAAUGAAAAGGAGAAUUAUUGGUCUGAAUUUUACCCCAUUUCUGUCCCCCCCCCUUUUUUUUAAUUUGUAAAGGAGGUAAGCUCGAUGUGCUUUCCUAUUCAACCACUUUAUUUUUGGCAAGGUUCGCAAGAAGACUAUACUUCAGCAAUGUAAGCUUUUCUUCCUGGAGGCACAAUACCCAGACAGGAGGAAAAGUAAAUCAAGAAGACAAAAUAAACACAUUUUCUCAUGAAGACUGUAAGCCAACUGGAACUUCCAAUUAAUGUCCCAGAGGCCAGUUGUUUUUAGUAUUGAAAAAUUCCACAUGUAACACAAACACACACACAUAUUGCCUCAGUGACCGGCAGGCUGUGAUAAAAUUGAAAACUGUUGAAGAUAUGGCAAUUAACAUUGCACUCCUAUCCUGGUUUACUCAUAAAUAAGUCUCAUUGACCUCAAUGACACACCCAACUAAAUGUUAACAGAGCCAGUGAGGUUUCUGAAUAAACUUGUAUAGGACUGCACUGUUACACAAGUGAGUGUGCAUAGGAUUGCAGCAGAAAGUGUACUCAAAUUCUACAUAUCUCUUUUAAAUUGGUAAAUAUUGUGCAAAGCAGUCAAAGAAAAUGACUUCUCUGGAUGAUUGUGACAAUAUCAAGUCCCCAAUCAGCCUUCUUUCUUAAUGUGAGAACCUUGCCUGAAUCAACUCAGUUCACUUCAUAAAUUGGGGUACACACAACUUUUAUUUUCACCCCUCUCUUUAUCCAGAAAAGGCUCACAUAUAUUAAAUAAAAACAAGUCCCUGCCCUGCAAUAAGAGCAUAAGACUAAGCAGAAGAUUGAGCUUCUAAAGCCUUGUUGACAUGCAAAGCCUAUGGGUUGAACCCCAAAGCUGCCAUUUCACUCACAGAGCAUUCUUUCGUCCCAGGAAUACUUCUGUUAACAGGACAGGAAGGGUGGAAGGUCCCCCCCCCCCGUUCCUGGUGCAGCCUCACCCCAAAACCUGGAGAGCCCCUCAGUUACCUGGAAUAGUCUUUUUUGUGGUGCAGGGGCAGUAGCAAGAAGGGGGAAAUUCUAGGUAUUUGACCUUAGGCGAAGCAAAUUUUGAUAGAUCCCAGCGGGGUUGAGAAAGUGAAGGGUCCCUUUCCUUGCCUUGUGGUAAAACAAAAUGAACAAUCAACAUGGAGAUUCCAAAGCACAAGGCAGGAGGCUAGGAUGGUAGCCUGAGACCUCCACAUUUCUGUGUGUGAGAAUUAUAGCCAGGUCCGGCUUUAGGUUUGAUGAGGUCCUAAGCUACUGAAGGUAAUGGGGCCCUUUAUACAGUCAUACCUCGGGUUGAAUGCACUUCGGGUUGAGCGUGUUCGAGUUGCGCUCCGCGGCAACCCGAAAGUAACAGAGCGCGUUACUUCCGGGUUUUGCCACUUGCGCAUGCGCAGACACUCAAAAUGACGUCACGCGCAUGCGCAGAAGCGGCGAAAAGCAGCGCGCGCAUGCGCAGACGUGCCGUUGCUAGUUACGUUUGCUUCUAGAUAUGAACGGGGCUCCAGAACGGAUCCUGUUCAUAUCCAGAGGUACCACUAUAUGUCCAGCUGUCCUUUGUCAACAACAAAUAGUCACUGUUUUUUGUGUUGAAUAUAUGCUAUAUGGUAAUUUAUGGACCGAAUAGGUAUCUAAAGCCACUUGCACAUAACAAAAUAUAUAUUUUAUCAAAGUAAUUGAUAUAGAAAUGAGCAAACCAGUAAUAUUUUAGGGAGCAGGCUAGCAGGUGGGGCCCAUUACUUACAUCAUAGGAGCCUUCACAACACAAAACACUGUUGCUGUAGGUAGGUUUUAUUUGUUUUUUAUCUUAUAUUUUGGAAAUGUACAUCCAGGUUGUUUUUUCUUUAAAUUUUUUUGGGGGCCCCGAGAGAGUGGGGCCCUAAGCUAAAGCUUGUUUAGCUUACACAUAAAUCUGGCACUGAUUAUAGCCAAUGCUUAAUUCAGUUGCAUAUGGAUCCAGGGCUGGUCCUACCAUUAAGCAGUGAAAUGGCAGCCUCAGGCUGAGCGUCAUGAAAAGAAAGCAAAUGCUUAGUUAUUUGAUGUAUUAUCAUUGGAAUUUUACUGCCAGGGAGAAGGAAAGAGGUGUUUCUGGGAUUUUCUGUCUCAAGUGCCAAAGUGGCUGGCCUUGGAUACAGUUGACUAGGGGACGGGUGUCAUUUGUUCCUUCACCUCAAGCAACCAAAUGGGUCAGCCUGCAUGGAUAUAGCAGGUAAGAUAUAAACCAAGUGUAGUGAUAUAUUGAGGAGUUUCUUUAUUGAAAAUAAUCAGGGCUUUUCCCCGCAGCCAGAACUCACCAGAACUCAGUUCCAGCACCUCUCAGGUGGGUGCUGUUGCCAUGAUAAGAGAACAAGGGUGAAUUCUGGCAUCUCUUUUUCGAGAAAAAUAACACUUCAGGGCUUUUUUCAACCAGAACUCAGUUCUGGCACCUCUCAGGUGGGUCCCAUUGCCAUUAUAAGAGAACAAGGGAGGCGUUCGUGGUGAGUUCCGGCUUCUCUUUUUCCAGAAAAAUAGCACUGCAAGUAACACAAAGUGUGUAUAUUUGGUACUUUAAAUAUGUUCCACUUUUUGACUGUGAUCUUCCUAAGGAAGGCAACCAAAGUAGCCGCAUGGAUGCAAUCGUAACUUGGCAUGCUGCAAACUGAGAGACCUUGUCUCUUUACAUGGCCAUGUGAAAGAAAAGGCAAAGAGGCAAGACCUGCACUGCUUCUUUUCCUCAGUAGCUGAAAUUGAGUUUGAAGUCCAAGUUAUGCAACAACAUAGCAUUGUCUCAUUUUAUUAGGGCCACUGGUUUCUGGAGGUCUUGGCAUGGUUUUUCUCUCAAUUAACACACUUCUCUUCUUUCUCCGCAGAAUCCUUCCUGCUGUUUUGCAUUGUAAUAAAAUGCCAUCUUGCAAGCUCCACGCUAGAUUUCAGUUUGGGCGACUGUGCUCUGUUUCAUAACUGAAAGGGGAUUUUUUUUUUUAAGAGAGAGAGAGAGGACUGAAAUUUGCAAGAGCAAAUAAAAAAGAGAAAUCAGUCUGAAUUUGUGCUAAUUGGUUCUGAAGAAGAAGAAAAAACACUGCAUCUAUAUCUUUUAAAAGGAAAGAAAGGAGUCAGCAACAGAAGCCAGACAGUAGCUGUGUCUUUUGGCAGCAGGAG